AUGACCACGGUUGUUGAUAAUACCACCGACAUCAUUCCAAAUUCGUUGGUGGUUAAAUCGGCCUCAAUUCUUGAUUCUCUGCAACGUCGCCGGACGUCUAAUCUGCCUACGUUCACUCUCGUCGACGCCUACUGUAACGCACACCAUCUUUACCAAUGUCGGAGACGUCUGCUUCCACCGGGGAUAUUAUCGGCUGAGAAGGCGCAUGUUACCAAAGAGCUACCUGCUGUUACUUGUGUUAUGGGUUUGCAAUGGCGAUUCAGCCAGGUGUCUAAUGCCCACCUACUAUUCGACAGAAUUUCUAAACGAAAUGUCUUUCUUUGGAACGUUUUGAUUUGUGAGUAUGCUUGGAACGGCCCUUACAAUGCUGCGAUUUCUCUAUAUUAUGAAAUGAUCAAUAACGGCAUUUUUCCUAAUAAUUAUACAUUUACGUAUGUUCUCAAAGCAUGUUCGAAUCUUAGUGCCAUCGAUGUGGGGCGAAAUGUUCAUGACCACAUGGUGAGAACCGGAUGGGAAAUGGAUGUUUUUGUGGGUGCAAGUUUAAUCAAUAUGUAUGCAAAAUGCGGAAACGUGAGUAAUGCACGGCAGGUGUUUGAUAAAAUAAUUCAACGAGAUGUUGUCAUAUGGAACUCCAUGCUUGCUGCAUACGCUCAAAACAAUCAUCUUGAAGACUGCCUGGUUUUGUGCAGUGAAAUGGCCUCAAAGAUGGUGAGACCAAUUGUUGCGACUCUUGUCACCACCAUCUCCGCCGCUGCUUCCAUGGCAGCCUUUCCACAAGGAAGAGAGCUUCAUGGGUAUAGCUGGAGACAAGGGUUUUACUUCCAAGAUAAAGUAAAAACCGCACUUGUUGAUAUGUACGCCAAAAGUGGAUACGUGAAGGUAGCCAUAAAUCUCUUCAAUCAAUUAUCAGAAAAACGUAUUGCUUCUUGGAAUGUCAUGAUUACAGGGUAUGCAAUGCAUGGACAUGCAACCGAAGCACUAAAUUUGUUCGAAAAAAUGACGUGUGAAGCCAAUCCCGACCACAUAACUUUUGUUGGUGUUCUCUCCGCUUGUAACCAUGGUGGUUUACUAGAAAAGGUCGAGAAUAUUUCGAAUCAAUGA